AUGAUGCCUAAACUUGAUAUUGUGUCUAUCAAGGUAAUGGUAAAGCCAUCGUCUCCAACUCCUAAUCACCUUAGAGAUUUCAAAAUCUCCCUCCUUGAUGAGAUGGCUCCUCCAAUCUAUAUUCCAAUAAUUUUAUUCUACUCAGCCACUGAUAUUAAUAGUUCCUUUGGAACUCAUGAUGUCGAGACCAUAUCCAAUAAAUUAAAGGUUUCUUUAUCCAAAGUUCUCACUCUAUAUUACCCAUUAUGUGGAAGAUUGAAAUGUACCUCACCAUCCUCUGUUGAUUGUAAUGAUGAAGGUGUACCUUACAUUGAGUAUAAAUUCCCCACUAACCUUACCGAUAUUCUCAAAAGGCCUCAAUCCCAAAUGAAGGAGCUUUUGCCAUUUGACCCAUAUAAUAAUGUUUCUAGUAGUUUGGAUCAUAAUGAUGACAAACACAAAGUGACCAUGGCGGUUCAGUUGAGUGAAUUCAAGUGUGGGGGUAUUGCACUUGGUGUGUGCCUCUCACACAAGGUAGCAGAUGCCGAAGCAACAUCAUCAUUCCUCAAUGCUUGGGCUAAAACUGCAAAGGGUCUUUUCAACCAAGUAGACCCACCUCAAAUGGAUGCGGAAUUGAUUUUCCCUCCACGGGGAAUAGAAUGGGCCAUGACUAGUCUCAUGGUCGGUGGUGGCAAUGAAAAGCUCGUGACCAAGUGUUUCUUGUUUAGUCCAACGGACUUGUCCAGAUUGAGAGCUAGAUUUGGAAGCUUUAAUCCGACUCGCGUCGAAGCUGUCACAGCACUCAUAUGGAAAUCAGCAAUUCAAGUAGCAAAAGGAAGUUACAAGGCUUCUAUGGUGUGCCACAUCGUCAACAUUCGCAACAGAAUGGUGCCACCGUUGCCAAAAAACUUGUUUGGCAAUCUUUGGCUUUAUUCUAUUUCUGAAUUGGUGGAUUUGGGUGACGGAGGUUAUGGAACAGAAGAGUUGUGUGAUUUGGUGGUGAUGGUUAGGAAUGCUAUUAGAGAAGCUAGUGCGGGUUAUUCAGAUAUGCUGCUUCAGGGUGACGGUUUGGAUGAGUUCGAUGAAUUCUUCAAGGAAGCAAGAUUAAGGGUGGCUGAAAAUCUUGUUGCAUGUUGUGGAUUUAGUAGUUGGACAAGAUUUGGUUUCUAUGAAGUUGAUUUUGGAUGGGGGAAGCCAAUUAAGGUGAGAAACAUAAUUUGCCUAUGA